CUGUCUCACUCUCUCUCUCUCUCGCUCUCUCUCUCAAUGGCUUCUUCAUGGGGAUGGGCGGGCAACAUGUCCUCGAUUGCUUCUCGCAUCUAUUUCUUCCUCAUCAUCCUUCAGAUACCUCUCUUCAGGGUCCCAUGUCGAUCAGGAAUGUGUACCACACCAUUAGAGGUGACAUCUUCACAGUUGGUAGCAAACGAUAUUUUCCCUGUAGUUGUAAUGAAGGCUCUUCUCUACCCUGGGGCUGUUGCUAAUGGUAUGAUCAACAAUAUGACCAUCCCUAGAUGGGAUAACAUACUAAAUAUCUACAACCUGACAAAUGUGAAGGAAGCCUCGCCAUUGACUGAACUCCAGCGCCUUGAGGUCCUUGCAGGCAGCUAUUUUUCUGUGGCAGGAGCUCUUGUUUGUCUGUUGAAGCCUGGGAGGAUGAGCAUGUUUGGGACUCUUCUGGUCAUUUGGGGUCUUGUAAAGGAAGGGAUCCUUGGAAAACCCAUCAACACUGAUCCUACAAAGGCCGUUUAUGUAUAUCCAACAAUGGUUAUUGCUCUGGUUUGUGCAUUUGCAUCUGUAAAGUACGAUGCGAAGAAGAUAACCAGAAGUGCACCAGCGGUCCGCCCUAUUGCGAAACCUCUGCAAAGCUCUGCAAAGUCAAAGCUGAAAUGAGUUGGAGUUACAAAAUUUAUCAUCCAAAGCAAUUUUUUUUAACAGUUGAAGCUCUUUUGUUUUGGUGCUGAAGUUUCAUGCCUGAACAUUGUGUUGCAUUCUCUGUGAGGUGUAAAAUUAGCCCAUCCAUUUUAUGAGCUUUAUUGUCA